UAGCGUCUUCUUUUUCUCCUUCCCUCACACUCAUUCUCUGCAUUUAGCUCUUCUGUCGUCGAUGACUCUUUUUCCUUUUUGACGAAAUUGCCUUUCUGCAAAUGCGGGGAUUACGAUUUUAUUUCUGGGUAGUUCCGUUUUUCUUGUAAUGAUUUUGGGACUAUGCACAGAGAGGAUAUCGUCAGCUGAGAGUUUUUGAACUUCAGUGGGCUUCUGAUUUUUUCUUUUCAAGCUGAUUGCUUGCAUGGUGGAGACAAUGAUUCUGACAAAGCAGUACCGCUGCAUACAUUCAGCAAACUGUCAAUGCACGAAAGGACAUCUGAGUGAAGAACUGAUAUUCCUAGUAUUCCAGCAAUUGAACUGGAACCCUAAAUUGAUUGCUGCUCUGUCCUGUGUAUGCAAAUGGUUUGAUGAUCUUGCUAAGCGGAUACUAUGGAAGGAAUUUUGCCGAACUAGAGCACCAAAGAUGAUGAUUGAUCUGCAAUCUAGUGGAAGUCACAGUGUUGAUGGGAACUGGAGGGCACUUGGAAAGCUGCUUAUAUAUUGUUCAGGAUGUACCAAGGGUGGUCUUUUCAACAGCAUUCAAAUCCCCGGUCAUUUUGUUUAUAGAACGCGGUUCUCUAGGACAUCAGGAAAAAGCUUUCUUCUGCCUCAAUGCAGAACAGAUGUUUUAUAUGUUUCUGACCCUUGUGAACAUCUUGACCAAGGGGAAGAAGGUGAUGUGGGAUUUUUCCGCGGGGUCUUCAAAUCAUUCUCAAUGUCAAAGGUUAAGAAGAUGCUUAUUAAGAAGGGAGCCGAGUUUCAUCCCACUGAAGUCUGUCCGUACUGUAAGGCAAAGUUGUGGAGCAUGCUGCAAGCGAAAAUGAUACCACCAAGUGCCAGCUGCAGGUUGGGUGCUUAUGAGGAUUGCAUCGAAUAUUAUGUAUGCCUAAAUGGACACAUGCUUGGGAUCUGUACCCUCUUACCCUUGUCUGAUUCAGAAGAGGCGUCUGAAUUGGAGUGAUAGUUAGAACUGAAACCAGGCUGCUGCAGUUGCUGCUGUUGCUGCUGCUGCUGCAUACUCUUACAUAAACUGGAUGGGACAUAUAACAGGCUGCCCAAUGUAGCUGAAAAAUUCACCAAUCAUAACAACAUUCCAAGUCUGCUGCUGCUGAAUCUUGUCCUACCCAAAUGUCUUGAGUGAAAGGGUUAGAAGCUAUGACGAACCGCUUCCUAUGCUAUCAAUCAUUACUCCACCGAUUGUUGCUGUGAACAUGUAAUACAAUGUACAUCUACUAUGGUUCUUAUAUAUGUAUUUGACUAGCAGAAUCACUUCUACAAUAGUUCAUACAAGUCCUGUUUAUCAUCAAAUCAUUUGCAUUAACUCGUUGAUUCAUUGAAAUGCAAUAUUCAUACAAAUGCCAAUCUCUACCCA